AUCUUGAAAACUCCGACCUUAUUGUCCGGACCUGCGCUGUCAGAGAGGAAAACAAAACACGAGCACGAUUGUACAACAAAAUAAUAAUUCCGUAAAAAGGGCUCGUAAAAUGGCUGGCAUUAUUCGUUCUACACUUGCGGGAAGGAAUGCGGUCGCACUGCUCACCCAAAAGUCUGUGGAUGUCACAUGCUUCCGGUAUGCCAGUUCAAAUCGUGUGAAGCGCAUCAAAAAGCCAGAAAUUACCAAUCGCGAUGCGAAUCAGGCCAAAGCGGCUGCAAUGCGUGCGGAGGCGGAAGAGCAGAGCUUGCUGUACGAGGGCAAGCGGUUUGAAUCGGUCGCACAAUCCCUUUCCGCUCGAGGCUACUUACGCGCAAUCAAACCCUACACGCCACCGGAAAACGUUGCCAAGCAGGUGCUUAAGUUGGCCAAAGAGAAUGGUUUGACCGACGCCAGGAAGCCGUUCGGUGGGAUGGAGAAGAAAUUUGCAUUUCUGUCGGCAUGCGGCAAAGCGCUCGGGCAUUGGGUGCCGAAUUCAAUGCUGCACGAGGUACAAACCGUGGAGGAUGCCACGAUAUUCUACCAAACACCAAUCGACACACGACUUCCGCUCGAUGCGAUACGCUCGGUAGAGCUGCCGGAAAAUCUCCACAUCCAGCAGGAUUAUGUGCGCUUCCAUCCGGAAACGGAUACGAUGUUCGGUGGAAAGUCGGCCUUCCCGAAGAGUUCGACGGUUGUGACCGGGCUGAAGUACAAACAGAAAUACCGUGGCCACGAGGCGAAGAAAUCUUGGCCAUAGGCGGGGGCGGCAACCGUUACCGGGGAUGUAAUGUAGGCGUUAAUAGUGUGUUUGAAAUAAAGGAACCCCGUGGCAAAUUA